AUGCUGAGAGCCAGGAUUGGAGCCCGGCCCGUGAGUGCCCCCGGGGCCGCUCUGCCGCGGGGCGAGUGGCCACGGCUCGGCCGGGCCCAGCUGCGCUGCGGGAGGUGGCCAGUCCCGGGCCGGCGGCAGCUGGGCAGGGGCCGCGCCGGGGCUGCUCCCCGCCGGGAGGGCUGCGGACGGGGCAGCCCUGAAAGGGAGCCGGGGCGCUCCGCUCCGCGGUGCGGCCCCGGCCAUGGGGGCGGCCCCCGGCGGGGCCCUGCUCCCGCCCGCUGCGGCUGCGGCUGCGGCGGCCGCACCUAGCGCAGCCUGUGCCAGCUGCGGGCCGAGGAGCGUCGGGCGCGGCUGCGGGAGGCGCCCCCGGCCAUCCCCGUGCGGAAGGGCGGCUGCGGGGAGCCAGGUGACCUUCAUCCUGACAGCCUGAGGUACAAGUUUAAUUUUAUUGCUGAUGUUGUGGAGAAGAUUGCUCCAGCUGUUGUCCAUCUUGAGCUCUUUCGCAGGGUGUCCUACUCAAGCCAAGAAGUUCUUGUGUCCAGUGGCUCCGGAUUCAUAGUGUCAGAGGAAGGACUGAUUGUCACCAAUGCACAUGUCCUCACCAAUAAGCAGAGAAUCAGAGUGGAGCUCAAGAGCAGGGAGCAGUACGAAGCUAAAGUCAAAGAUGUCGACCAUAAGUUGGACAUAGCCCUGAUCAAAAUAUAUCCUGAUACUGCCCUCUCUGUACUACUGCCGGGAAGAUCCUCUGACCUCCGGCCUGGGGAGUUUGUGGUGGCACUGCCUAGUCCCUUCUCUUUACAAAACACCGUAACGACAGGAAUCGUCAGCAGCACUCAGAGAGGCAGCAAGGAGCUUGGCCUGAAGGACUCUGACAUGGCAUACAUUCAGACAGAUGCCAUCAUCAAUGAUGGUGAAGUUGUAGGGAUAAAUACGCUGAAGGUAACAGCUGGCAUUUCCUUUGCAAUUCCCUCUGACUGAAUCCGUCAGUUCCUAGAAGAAUCUCACAACUGGCAUAUGAAAGGGACGAUUCGACCCAAGAAGAAAUGCAUGGGAUUCCGAAUGCUUCCCCUCACUUUUAAUCUCAUCCGUGAACUGAAAAUCUAUGAUAAAGAUUUCCCGGACCUGAACUCUGGAGUUGUUUUUGAAGUGAUUCAAGGAACUGCUGCUGCAAGCUCUGGCAUGAGAGAUGGUGAUGAUGUGAUUAUCAGCAUUAAUGGAAAAACAGUCACCUCGACAGAGGAUGUAAGUGAAGCUGUUAAAAACAAUGAUGUUCUUUCAAUUGUGGUUUGUCGAGGAAAUGAAGAUGUGAUCUUAAAUAUAAUUCCAGAUGAAAUUGAUUAAAGGCUGACUUCCAUUAGAAAUAGUUUCAUUAAACAAAGUCAGACCUGCACUCUGUGGCUUAAGACAAAGCUUACGCUGUACACAGUUUUUUCUAGUAUAAUGUAGGGAAAACUUUCACAGGUGGUCUAGAAAGCAAUAUUUAGACAGUUAGGAUUUUUUUUAAAAUUCUAAGAGAAAUCAAACUGAUUUUUUCCAGUGUAUUUUACUUCAAACAUUUUUGAAAGUGACUAUUGAAGUAUGAUUUUUUUCUUCUUCUCCCUUUCCAUAUUUAAAGCUAGCCAAAAAAUACUGGUUGUAGUCCAGAAUGUUGACAAAGCUAACUCUAUUGUCUAACCUUGAAAUACUACUGAAGUUAAGUGCAGAUCGCCUAUUACUGAGAACUUGGGGGCUGGUCAAAUUCUGAUUGAAGUCAAAGGGACUUGAAUUAAUGUUGGCGCUUUUGCUGAAAGUUAGCUAUCAUUUGUUCUAGAUUUGCUUUUCUGUAACAUUUUGUGGAUAUAAAAAACUGACUUUGGAAAAAUAGCACUUUCCAGUAGAUAAGUUUUCCACAUGUAUAGUGUAUCAGUAGCUAAGAGUUGAGCUGUUUCCUUGUUUCUAAAGCUUUAAGAUUGAGCAGAGAUUUUUAGGUGCUUUAAUUUUUUGGGUGCUCAAACAGAGAGCCUGAACAGCCUGAUUUUCAGAAAGUGCUGGGCACACUCUCCCUGGAAGUCAGGCCCCUUCACUAUCCACCUCAAAAACAGAGGUAGCCUAGAGUUACUAUCACUCUUGGAAACUGUGACCAUGCUCACUUGAUAAAGUAUGAGGAAAAAAUGUUUGACUCCAAAGGUGUGAAUGGACUAUUAAAAAUAUCAGCUACUCUGUGUGAGUUCAUAAUGGUGGACUAUCGUAAAAUCACAGAUGUAGGAAUGCUUUUCAGAGGCUGGACCAGUGGUUCCUGUACUACUAAAAUGCCCAGAUUCCAUUUACAUACACUCUUUAAUGCUACCUCAUGUCUCCCUCGCUUGUUUUUGUGUUCUUAGUUUCUGCUGUGGUCCUCCUCCUACCACCCCUGCCUUACAGUUACUCCUCUACCAGUUGUACCCUCCUCCCCAUUCCUCCUCAAAAUUACACUUGUGGUAUAUUUGUGUAUUACACUGCUGUGAACCUUUAACAUACUACAUGGUUUUUAACUAAGCAUACAAGUUGCUAGAGAUAUUGCCUUUUAGAAUAGAGCUACACCUGGGAAGAUGUUCUUUUCCACUUGCACUGUCUUACAAAUAUCCUGAAGAGAAACCUGGACUGGGCUCUUAGCUGUACUGUCCCUAGUAUUCAGAGUCGCAGCCAUGUUAGUCUGUAUUCACAAAAAGAAAAGGAGUACUU